CCAUUUCCCCUCUCUCUCUCUCUCCUUUCUCUCUCUCCUUUCUCUCUCUCUAUCCUCUCUCUCUAUAUCUUCGUCGGCGACUAGGGUUUGCUCCGAAGCCCCUCCGCGGCGCGAUCGGAUCCGGCCGAUCAAUCGAUCGCGUUCCUGCUCCUCCGCCAAUGCGACGGGAUCUCGCGUGAUCUGGGGGAGGAAUCGAUCGCGAAAUCCGGAGAAUCCGCCAUGGCGUACCAGGGGAAGAAGCUCGUCAACGAUCCCAAUGAUGUCGUGACUGAGUUCAUUGAGGGCUUGGUGGAGACGUACCCUGGUUUGCAGUACUUGGAUGGCUUUCCGCUGAUUAAGGUUGUCUUGCGUGCUGACGUGUCGGCCAGGACCUACGACAAGGUUGCGGUCAUAUCAGGAGGUGGAAGUGGUCAUGAGCCUGCUCAUACUGGAUUUGUUGGGCCAGGGAUGUUGACAGCAGCCGUCUCCGGAGAUAUUUUCACAUCUCCACCUGUUGAUUCUAUUUUAGCUGCUAUUCGAGCUGUAACAGGUCCUAAAGGAUGCCUUCUGAUUGUCACGAACUACACUGGUGAUCGGCUCAAUUUUGGUUUGGCAGCUGAGCAAGCAAAAUCUGAAGGCUAUGAUGUGGAGAUGGUUAUUGUGGGGGAUGACUGUGCUCUGCCGCCACCGCGUGGCAUAGCUGGGAGAAGAGGUCUGGCUGGAACUGUACUUGUUAACAAGGUUGCUGGUGCUGCUGCUGACGCUGGCUUAUCACUUGCUGAUGUUGCUGCAGAAGCAAAGCAUGCAUCCGAAAUGGUGGGAACAAUGGGUGUUGCUUUGUCAGUGUGCACACUGCCUGGCCAGGUUACUUCGGAUCGUCUAGGUCCAGGACUGAUGGAGCUUGGUCUUGGAAUCCAUGGGGAACCAGGCGCUGCUGUUGUUGAGCUCCAACCUGUUGAUGUAAUUGUAUCUCAUGUUCUCAAGCAGAUAUUGUCACAGGAAACUCAGUAUGUUCCUAUUACAAGAGGAAGCAGAGUGGUUCUCAUGAUUAACGGAUUGGGUUCUACUCCGCUGAUGGAGCUAAUGAUUGCAGCCAGAAAGGCAAUUCCUGAGCUGCAGCUGGAACAUGGAGUUGCUGUUGACAGAGUUUACACCGGCACAUUUAUGACCUCACUUGAUAUGGCUGGAUUUUCUAUAUCUAUUAUGAAGUCAGACGAGGAUAUUUUGCAGCGUCUAGAUGCCCCAACCAAGGCUCCAUAUUGGCCUGUUGGUGUCGAAGGAGAUCGCCCACCUGCAAAAAUUCCUGUUCCAGUUCCUGCAUCUGGUUCCACAAGGAGUGAUGAGAUGCUUAGCAAACCCCAAGAGCUAACCCAACAAGGCAUUAUUCUCGAGGCUGCUGUCGAAGCUGCUGCUAAGGAGAUUAUCGCUCUUAAGGACAGCCUAAACGAAUGGGAUGGUAAAGUGGGCGAUGGUGACUGUGGAACUACUAUGUAUAGAGGUGCAGUGGCUGUGCUGGACGACAUGAGAAAGCGCUACCCCAUGAAUGAUGCUGCUGAGACAGUGAAUGAAAUCGGGGCCACUAUCCGUAGGGUGAUGGGCGGAACAAGUGGCAUCUUGUAUGACAUAUUCUGCAAGGCAGCAUAUGCUAGCUUAAAGGGAAGCUCAAAAAUUACGGCAAAACAAUGGUCUAAUGCGCUAGAAGCAUCCAUCGCUGCUGUUAGCAAGUAUGGUCGUGCCAGUGCGGGCUAUCGCACAAUGUUGGAUGCUCUCAUUCCCGCAUCGAAUGUUCUAAAAGAGAGGCUGGAUGCUGGUGAUGACCCUGUGACGGCUUUUCUACUGUCGUCUGAGGCCGCUGUGAAUGGUGCUGAGUCUACUAAAAACAUGCAUGCACAAGCCGGUCGAUCCUCGUACAUUGCUCCAGAUCUACUUUCUUCAGUUCCGGACCCGGGCGCGAUGGCCGUGGCUGCAUGGUACAAAGCUGCGGCCCUUGCGGUGAAGGCUCAGCUGCGACCUUAGCGAAGCUAACCACACCGUUGCAGACUCUCUCUGCAGGAUGAAACAUACAUACCAAACAAAAGCAAUUUCUUUACAAUUUUUUCCUUUUUCUUUUUUUUUUUCUUUCUUACCCUGUUCCAUUAACAACUUUCGCUUUCCGCUAGUGUUCCGCAUGAGCUGAGAAAGCCCUGAGUCUUUUACCUUAUUGGACUGCCAGUUACCUAGUUUUAAACACCGUAUACAAAAAAAAGAGACUGUAAGAGAGGGAACCUAUCGUGACAAUAAGUGUCGAACUAUAUAGAAAAGAACUGUUAGUUUGCUGCUGCUGCCGCCGUUACUGUGCUUGUUUUGUUAAGCAUUUUGAUUUGUUCGGAAUUAAAUGUUGCAGCUCAAAUUUAAUGAUUGCUUUAUGUUUCCCUCA